AUGGACAAGGGAAGGAAUUACAAAAAGAAAAAUGAAGUUGCGGCCCCAUCUGAUGGCAAUUCUACUAUGAGGCUUAGAUGCACAUUUAGGCUGAGAUUUGUUCAGAGUGGUAUUGGUUGGAAGGUGGUGGUUAAAUGUGGGAUGCAUAAUCAUAGACUGGAUAAGGAUUUGGUAGGUCAUGACAUCUUGGGCCGUCUAAAAUAUGAUGAAAGAAAGUUUGUGAAUGACAUGACGAAGUACAAUAUGGCACCUAGGUACAUCGUGUCUGUUUUGAAAGACAAAUACCCAGAAAAUCUCACGAGUAUUACCCAAAUAUACCGAGCUAGAGUAACAUACAGACUGGGCAAGAGAGGUGCACUGACAGAAAUGCAAAUGUACCGGCUACCACUGCUUGAGAUUGUUGGUGUUACAUCAAUAAAAUUAAUGUUUUCAGUUGCUUUUGCAUUUUUGGAACAUGAAAGGGAGGAGAACUUUGCAUGGGCACUAGAGAAGCUUAAAGAGUUGUUUUAUUCUGAGGAGUUGCUACCAGAUGUCAUGUAUGUGAAAUCAGAAAGACAAGAACAUGUCAUGGAUCAACGGAACAACAUGAUGUAUUCAAAUACAGAAGACGAAUUUGAUGUACAUCUCAACCACUUCGAGAGUGUAUGUGGUGAUAUUCCAUCAUUUGUCAAGUAUAUGAAAGAGACAUGGUUAACACCAUAUAAAGAAAGAUUUGUUGCUGCAUGGACUAAUCGAGUCGCUCAUUUAGGGAACACAAUAAGAAACAGGGUGGAGUCUGCACAUUGGAGACUGAAGAACAUGUUGACUACAAGUCGUGGGGAUUUAUGUGCAAGCUGGUAUAUUAUGAACAUAAUGUUGAAGUUACAGCUAGACAAUGUAUAUAACUCAUUGGAAGUGGACAAUAAAGAGUCAAAUUUGUUGGUGCGGGCAAGGAGAGGUCUGGUUGUUACAUUAGAAAAACACAUGGGUUAUCUUGUGCAUUUCAGCUCACCGGUUACCAGAUUCUAA